UACUAGCGUAAGGGGAGUACCAAAUAGACACCUCUAACCGAAACAAAACAGAUGAUUUGUUCGCGCGAUACGCUCUACGAGAGCACGUUUUCACCUGUUCGGAUAGCUCCUCUUUCUAUAGUUCGCUGGUUCUUCGUUUCAACGUAAACACGUUUGCACAACAUUAGAGACUGUCGAGGAGAAAUACAGAAAAGGGAUUCGUAAAAGACAUGUUUGAAUUGGUAAAACAGGCGAUGAUUAUCGACAAAGUUGAUAUCGCUUUUCCUCUGAUAAAAUGAUAAAAUCGUAAAAUAGCAACACGUGCAGUAUAAACAGAGUCUUAAAACGCGUUUAAAAUGGCUAAACUUUAUUCGUAUUACACAUUAUGUCCGCUCAUCGAUCAACAAAAUUUACUAGGCGUUGAACGAGAUUCGGAAAGCGGAUGUGCAAUUGUCACAUUAGGAAGGAAUAUUGUUAUUCGAUACAAGCUACAGGAUCCAAAGCAAUUGAACAGUUGGACGAGCAAAGAUCGGUUAACGUCGCAAGUUAUAUACGAUGAAACAACGUGUCGUUACGCGGCGAUAUUUAACGAAAGAAAGUUACGUCUGUGGUCGGAGAACGAAACAGAUUUGAAUCAAAUCAAAGGUUACAAAUUUCAGUCUCCUUUACAUACCAUUCUUACGUUCGAAACUUCUCCUCCAGUCUUGGUACGCAAAGAUGGAGCUACCGCUUUAUUGGAACGGGCCAUACAAAACAGGAAGACUUGGUCCAAAGAAGGGAUAUUGCAAACCGACGAAAAGAUUCUCGAUUGCCGAUUAGUUUGUGUAGGCAACAAAGUCAAUCUGUGCCUAUUAACCGAACUCAAAGGAAUUUAUGCUUGCUUUGUAGUCAAACUGAACGAUCAAACCUAUUCCAAGGAAACCGAUCGUGCGAGGAGAAUGGAACUCAAACGAAGAUCGGAAGAGUUGGUCGGUUAUACGAUUCUUCAAACAAAGAAUAAGGCGUAUCUCUUGACGCUUUGGUCCCAUGGUAGACUGUACAGUCAUUCUUUAAUAGAACCCAACAGCGAAGCUAGUUUUAACACGCUGAUCGGCAUUAUCAAUAAUAUAGAUACUAAACAUCCAGUCGUCAUGACGCCGUUAAACGAAGCAACGGUAGCAAUUUAUGGGGCUGAUGCUUCCGAAGAAGGAGCUGUAUUAAUGAUAUACAAUGUUCAAUUCAAGUUGGUACAGGACGUGCAAAAGUUGAAAUUGUACACAAAAGAUGCAAAAUUGUGGAAAAUCGAGGACAAGUUACUACUAGCUGCUAAUAGACAUUUAGCGAUUGCACCGUAUCAUCUAGCACCUCAAAAGAUAGCAACUUUACUUGGUUCAUCUUUGCGUUUCAAAACUAACGACGAAACCGAACAGGACGACGAUAUCAUUGUAAUUCAGGAGUCGACGUUAGCCGAGUGGGAGAAGAACGAACCAAUUAUCGCUAAACACUCGACUGAAAAGUCACCUAUCAAACUUUCGAAACAGAUAUCAUCUUAUAUAAAUGAAGGAUUGAGCGACGCGGCGAUACAACAAAUAUUGAUUCCGCAAUUGAUCGAAUCGAAAGAUGUCAGAACAAUUAUAUGGUGUUUAGAUAGUUUCAAAGACUUACCGGAGAAAUUGUUAAUCGAGCUUUUGAUCUUUUCUCUUCGGAGUCCUGACGGAAUAUUUCUACCAAUGCAAAAUGGUACAAUCGAUCAUCUCCCACAGACCAAUAAUUCUUACUCGAGAAACUCCUUUCUCGACAAAAUAUUCAAUCUCACUUAUUCCGAUGUUUCUUUAUCUUCUUACCUUAAAAGUGGCUUGAACUUUGACGAAAUACUACGGCUAUUACAAUAUUUAGUACAAAAAUUAACCGAUCAGGACACAAAUCUCUACGACUGUCUUGUACAGCAACCAACGGAUAAACAAUUAUACGAAUGGUCUAGCCUUUUAUUAGAAUCUCACUAUCAACAUUACGUAUUGUCACGAGAUCCAGAAGUGUCGAUGCUUCUCAAUGAACUUAACUGUGCCUUAGAUGAUCAUAUACAACUACUAAAAGACAUGGGAAACUUAAGGCCUCUUUUAAAAAGGAUCAUUAAUGGCAAAUCGUUGAAAUUGAUACAAAAAGAUCGUAAUAAAUUUUAUGCGAUAGAGGAAAUAAAACUUUAUUAACAUGCAUUGCAGUAUACGUGAAAUAUUUCAAUCCUUCGCCCAAACGGAAAUUAAAGAGACUUCUAUCAUUUGAUCUUUCCGAGUAUCGUUUUUAU